GGCGCAGGCGCCCUGGCUGCCCCGGAAGUGCCUGGAGCGGCGGCGGAGCGGGGAGAGCGGAGCAGCGGGGGCCGCGCUCAUGUCGGGCUUCGACACCAACCCGUUCGCCGACCCGGUGGACAUCAACCCCUUCCAGGAUCCCUCGGUGACACAGCUCACAAACGCUAGCCAAAGUGGCUUGGAUGAAUUCAACCCCUUUUCUGAGAGCUCCCAGCUGACAAAUGCGUCGCGGACAACGCCAGCCACACAGCCCUCUGGCCACUCACAGCCUGCUGUUCUGCAGACAUCCGUGGAGCCCACUCCCCAGGCUGUGGCUGCAGCAGCACAGGCUGGGCUUCUUCAGCAACAGGCAGAAUUAGAGAGGAAGGCAGCUGAGUUGGAGAAGAAGGAAAGGGAAUUGCAGAGUAACGCAGCCAGCAUUAACCCGAGGCAAAACAACUGGCCCCCUCUUCCCAAGAAGUGUCCGAUCAAGCCGUGUUUUUAUCAGGAUUUUUCUGCAGACAUCCCAGCUGACUACCAGAGGAUAUGCAAGAUGCUGUAUUACUUGUGGAUGUUGCAUUCGAUUACCCUGCUCCUAAACCUGCUUGCUUGCCUGGCAUGGUUCACAGUCCAGACGGAAAGAGGAGUAGACUUUGGUCUCUCGAUCCUGUGGUUUAUUUUAUUCACCCCUUGUGCCUUUCUCUGUUGGUACCGACCAAUUUACAAGGCUUUCAGGUCUGACAGCUCCUUCAGCUUCUUCGUCUUCUUUUUCAUCUUCUUCUGCCAAAUAGCAAUCUACAUCAUCCAGGCUGUUGGCAUUCCUGGCUGGGGAGACAGCGGAUGGAUUGCAGCGCUGUCUGAGCUGCACGGGAACCUGGCUGUGGCUGUUAUCAUGAUGGUGGUGGCAGGAUUCUUCACGCUGUGCGCGGUUCUCUCGCUCUUCCUCCUGAAGCAGGUGCAUUCCCUGUAUCGGCGUACAGGAGCCAGUUUCCAAAGGGCCCAGGAAGAGUUUUCCCAAGGCAUCCUCACCAACAGGGGCUUCCAGAAUGCUGCUGCUGGGGCAGCCUCCACAGCCGCACAGAGUGCUUUCCGGAGAAAUUAACCCUUCCUGGGGCAGCGUCCCCCUCGCUUCCUCUGCCAUCGUCACCCCAACCUUCUCUUUUUUUUUUUUUUUUUUUUAAUUUUUUUUUAUUUUUCCUAAAGAUGCACUUUUGGGAGUACCAUGUUAGCUCUGUGAUGCCGACUCCAGAUGAGAAGAGGUCUGGUUUUGUUUUGUUUUGGGUUUUUUUUAGCUUCAGCUGGCCUAUGUUUAUGACAAUUAGUUUUCCCUGUCUUAUUUUAGGGUGUGGGGAGAUACGGGAGACAUUCUCUGAAGCAAGUAUAUUUCUCUAUCCAGGACAUACUGAGUGUUUGUCUCUCUUCCCCCCCACCUUGCCCUCUCUGUAGCAGGAAGGUGAGGGGAAGCAGGUUUUUGAUUUUACUCUCUCUCUUCUAUUGGCCUUUGCUAUGAAGAAUUUGAUUAUCUGCUGUUGGGGGGGGUGUAUGUGUGUUGUAACUUGCAUGUAGUUUAUGUCAUUAAUUUGAAGAGCAGAUACUGUACUUUUGGUUUAUUACACUUACAUGAUGCUGCA